AUAUGUACACACCCAUUCUUCAUCUUUGUUUGGCACACUGAGAAAAAGAAAUGGCAUCUCAUGCAGAUUUUAGCGGACAAAAACCACACGCAGUUUGCGUGCCUUUUCCGGCUCAAGGCCACAUAGACCCGAUGCAGAAAGUGGCUAAACUUCUCCACGCCAAAGGUUUCCACGUCACCUUUGUCAACACCGUCUACAACCAUAACCGUCUCCUCCGGUCCCGUGGGACCAACGCCCUCGAUGGGUUUCCUUCGUUCCGGUUCGAGUCUAUCCCUGACGGUUUACCGGAGAUAGAUGGGGAUGCAACGCAGGACCCCCCUUCCCUUUGUGAAGCCACGAUGAAGAACUGUCUAGCUCCGUUCAAGGAGCUUGUCCGGCGAAUUAACGCCGAAGAUGAUGUUCCUCCGGUGAGCUGUAUUGUAUCGGACGGUGUGAUGAGCUUUACUCUUGACGUUGCGGAGGAGCUUGGAGUCCCGGAGGUUCUAUUCUGGACCACUAGUGCUUGUGGCUUCAUGGCUUAUCUACACUUCUAUCGCUUCAUCGAGAAGGGUUUAUCUCCACUCAAAGAUGAGAGUUUCUUAGACACAAAAAUAGAUUGGAUUCCAUCGAUGAGAAACCUAAGACUAAGGGACAUUCCUAGCUUCAUCCGUGCGACUAAUCCUGAUGAUCACAUAAUUCUCAAUUUUUUUCUCCAUGAGACCGAUCGAGCCAAACGUGCUUCUGCUAUCAUUCUCAACACGUUCGAUGAUCUCGAGCAAGACGUCAUCCAAUCCAUGCAAUCUAUUUUACCUCCGGUUCACUCUAUUGGACCGCUCCAUCUACUAGCCAAACAAGAGAUCGGUGAGGACAGUGAAAUCGGACGGAUGGGAUCGAAUCUAUGGAGAGAGGAUACAAACUGUUUGGAUUGGCUAGAUACUAAACCUCGAAACAGUGUAGUUUAUGUUAAUUUCGGUAGCGUAACAGUGAUGAGCGCGAAACAACUCGUGGAGUUCGCUUGGGGUUUGGCUUCAACAGAGAAAGAUUUUUUGUGGGUGAUCAGGCCGGAUUUAGUGGCCGGUGAUGUGGCGGUGGUUCCGACAGAGUUUCUAAAGGAGACAGAGGAUCGAAGGAUGUUGUCGAGUUGGUGUCCUCAACAAAAAGUCCUUUCUCAUCCGGCGAUCGGAGGGUUCUUAACGCAUAAUGGAUGGAACUCGACGCUAGAGAGUAUCUCCAGUGGAGUUCCAAUGGUUUGUUGGCCAUUCUUUGCGGAGCAGCAAACAAAUUGUAAGUUCUGUUGCGAUGAGUGGGAGGUUGGGAUGGAGAUAGGUGGAGAUGUGAAGAGGGAGGAGGUCGAGGCAGUGGUUAGGGAGCUGAUGGAUGGAGAGAAAGGAAAGAAAAUGAGAGAGAAGGCGGAGGAGUGGCGGCGCUUAGCGGAGAAUGCGACGGAGCAUAUGCGUGGUUCGUCGGGAUCAAACUUCCAGAUGGUUGUUGACAAGGUUCUCCUUGGGUAUAAAGCAGUGUAGAUGUAUAAGAAGGUUAUAAAAUAGAGUGGAUGUGAAAUUUACGUUUGAUAGUGAAAGUUAUGAAUUUUGUAAA